CACUGUGAGAGCGAACAGAGGGGCUUAAGUUCUUCGUCUGCAAUGAGCGGCGAAGACCAUAUUGAAGGGUCUGUUGAGGACUGGAACUACUUUUCCCGACUCUCUCUGCGACUUAGGCGGAAGCGAGGCGUGCUUCCAAGUAGCACUGAGAUGCCUAAAGUUCCAUUUCUCCCGUAUUCAAUCCUUGUGGGAAAUCUGGCUAUCUUGUGUUUGGGGCUUACAAUAUACUGGAGUCAGCACUGGCUCGGCGGCUUUGCCUGGGAUGGUUCUAGCAAGAUGUUUAGUUGGCACCCGGUUCUCAUGGUGACAGGCAUGGUGAUCUUAUAUGGUGCAGCAGCACUGGUGUACCGUUUGCCCUUUUCUCAAGUGGGUUCCAAGCUCCCUUGGAAGGUGCUGCAUGCAACACUUGCUCUGAUAGCAUUUAUCUUUGCCAUUCUGGGAUUGGAAGCUGUCUUCAGGUUUCACAAUGUGCAGAAAAUCCCCAACAUGUACUCUCUACACAGCUGGCUUGGGCUCUCUGCUGUGCUACUUUUUUCAUGCCAGUGGUUAAUGGGGCUUGCUUCUUUUUUGUUGCCUUGGACGCCCAUCUGGUUCCGAGCCCUCUACAAACCUGUCCAUGUUUUCUUUGGUUCUAUCAUCCUUGGUUUGGCUAUUGCAUCCUGCAUCUCAGGCAUUAAUGAAAAGUUAUUCAUGAGAUUAAAAAAUUCAACAAUACCAUAUUCCAAGCUUCCUGCAGAGGCUUGGUUUGCCAACAUUCUGGGAAUGCUGAUUUUGGUGUUUGGUUUGUUAGUGUUGAUGGGUCUUGCAAUACCAGGAUGGAAACGUCCAGAUGUGAAUUCACAAGACAUUCGAGAGCCUCUGUUACGAGAAGCCAGAUGAAGAAUUAAAGAGCAGCUGCGUGGUUUGCUUUCUCUAAGGGUUUUUUCAUUGAAGUUUGCAGCCUUACUUGCUGCUGUCGUCAUCAGUACAGGAGCUCACAUCAUGAACUAAUUCAGUAAGAGAAGACUUUUCUGGUAACAGAUAUCCAAAUUUGUUCCCCUCAGUCUGAUUUUUAAACUUCAAAUGUUUGUACUAUCAAGGAUUGCUGGACAUCCAACCACAUUUGAACAAAUCUGUUUGCUAAAGUGCCAUAAAGUUUUCAGAUUUUUGUGCUUUUCU